AUGGAGAAAAAUAACACAACUAUCACCUUGCAGAAUUCCAGCAACACACAAAUGGAUGUAAGCCACCAUCCAACAGACACAAAUCUGGUUGUUGCCAUCCUUAUCAUCACAUCCUUCUUGGUGGGGAUAACUGUGAAUGGGCUCUUCCUCUGGGUGCUGGGGAUGAAGAUGAAGAGAACUGUGAAUACUAUGUGGUUCCUCCACCUGAUCCUCACCUACUUAGUCUCCAGCUCACUCAUGCCUUUCUUUGCUGUCUUUGUCCUCCUCAAUUUCAACUGGAUCUUUGGCCAAAUCAUGUGCAAGAUCUUACUCUUCUCCUUCUCUCUGGGGAUGUUCACUACGGUCUUUCUACUCACCACAGUCAGCCUGGAUCGCUACCUCUUCACCUGCUAUCCUGUCUGGUCCCAGCGUAACCGCAGAAUACCUUUGGCACAAAAGGUAAUUGCAGGAGUCUGGCUUGCUUCCCUAGCUCUGAGCACCCCAAACCUGGCUUUUCUGGAGACUCAAGAAGAGGAGGGGAAGAUGAAGUGCAUCUAUUAUUUUAUUUUCUCCCCAAAUCAAGACGAUUUCCACGUUCAUCUGGCUUUCUUCUUGAUUCGUUUUCUGCUGGCCUUCCUGCUUCCAUUCAUCAUCAUCAUGACAUGCUACUGUCGGAUUGGUUUUGAAAUGAAGAAAAAACGCUUACUGAGGACAGGGAAGAUUUCCAAAGUCCUGGUGGCUGCCGUAGCAUCAUUCUUCAUUGGCUGGUUCCCCUACCAUCUCUACCAUGCGUCACAGCUGUUUAAGAAUGUACCCAAAGCGACAACACAGGUUCUAUGGGAUACUACAGCCACUGGAGUUUGUUUCAAUAUCUGUUUCACCCCAAUUCUGUACCUGUUUGUUGGGGAGAAAUUCCAGGAGGUCUUCAAGACAUCAAUUUUUGCAGCGUUUAGUAAAGCUUUUGUGGACGAUCCACACUGGCGAGAGGGUUGA